AUUGUUGAGAGGCGCAGACGCAAGGUUCGUUUUGCUGCUGCUGGCGGGUUUCUGAUUUGCGCAGCCGUGAUUUAAACCAGUUUUGGACUAUACCACAAGUAAUACGACACAAACAAAAACAAUACACAUGCGAAUGACGAAACGACCUUAAGAAAAUACGCAACAACAAUUCAAGCCACAACAAUUCGUCACGGAAGCUAAAGAAUAAUCCUAACAACGACUAUAAUUGAUCAAAAUGAUUGUGUUUGUGUUCAAUUAAUUGAAUUAAAUAGAGUGCGUUAAAAAAAAAAACGAAAAAAAAGAAACUCAACGAAACUUGUCUACGAUUUGCAAAUUAUCUACGUGGAACGGACCGCGCAUAUCUUCAGUGCGAGAGAGAGAGAGAAAGAGGGAGAGGGAGAGUGCAACGCAAAGGCAAACGGAAUGACAUUGAGAAGCCAAGGCGUUCUUUGUCAUUGCUGCGUAUGCGAUGCCGCCUCUGCCGCCAGUGGGUGUGCUGCAGCGCUGCAACAGCGAAGUCGCCGACUGAGACAACGGCAACGGCAACAACUUUUGUUGGCGUUUGUGGCGCUUUUCCUGUUUGGCCUGCCCUCAGCUGCAAUUGCUGAGGGCGAGGACGAGGAGGGCCCGUAUCGUGGCAAAUAUCUGGGCAAGCUUAACUCCUAUCAUCAUCAGGUGUCUGGCGACGUUUAUGCCGUAAAUGAGUAUACUUUUCUGAUAGUGGGCUUCAAUUACGAUGGCAACGGGGCGGAUACAUUCUUUUGGUCCGGCGCCAGCAAUCGGCCGGGUCCACAGGGCUUCAUAGUGCCCGAUGAGUAUGGCAAGACCAACAUUCUGGAUCGCUAUCACAACAAGGACUUUACGCUUACGCUGCCCGAUCGCAAGAAGAUGACCGAAAUCCAGUGGCUCGCCGUCUACGAUCUGAACAAUCAGAAUAACUUUGGUGAUGUGUAUAUACCCGAGGAUUUUGAACCGCCUCGUGCUCAAAUCGGCGGCACCUUCUCCAAGCGCAAUCACAACGUGAGUAGCAGCACCAUCGAGAUCUUGGACUCGAAAAUCAUACGCAUCAAGGAAUUCACAUAUGAUGGGCGUGGCAAGCGCACGUUCUUCUGGACGGGUGUCGGCGCCCAGCCAUCGAGUCGGGGCAGCAAAAUGCUGGACGAGCGCGGAUAUCUUGAUCCAAUUCGAGCGUACAAUAAGGAGACCAUUGAGUUGGAGUUGCCUGGCGAUAAAACGAUCUUUGACAUCGAUUGGAUUAGCGUCUACGAUGUGGCCGACAAUGAGAACUACGGUCAUGUGCUCAUACCGGAUGGUUUGAAUGUGCCGCCAUCGCUGGUGAAGAUUACGCCCUAUGAAUUCUCACUGCCCAACUGCAGGCAGCUGCACAAGGAUCUGCAAGUGUCGUGGGAGGUCUUUGGGCCGCAGAUAACGUUUCAACUAUCCGGAAAGGUAGCGAAAUCGGAUUAUAUGUCCUUUGGCAUCUCUGGCUCAGAUACAUCCAGUCAAAUGAUUGGUGCCGAUGUAGUCGUCGCUUAUAUGGAUGAUAUCAGGGGCUACACAGUGGACUAUAAUAUCACAUCGCUGGCGCCCUGCGUGCAAGUUUUGGGCCAGAAUAAGGGCGUGUGUCGCGAUGAUGUUGUGGGCGGAUUAGACAGCUUUCAGCUUAACACGUACGCCCGCAAGGAUGGCAUCAAUACGAUUAGCUUCAGGCGACUACUUAAAUCAUCUGACGAUGGCGACAAGGAAAUCUUUUUGGAUCGUAGCAACUAUGUUGUUUGGGCCUUUGGCCAACUGGACUCCAACAAUGAGCCCGCCUUUCACACACAUUAUCCCAAGAGCGAUAUAGUUAUUGACUUUAACACAACGGAGCCGGUUAACGAUUGUUUUAGUUUUACAGAACGUGCGGAAACUCCUGUGCAGCUAUGGGAACGCACACGAAUUAAGGAUGCUACCGUGCGCACCUUUAAUGCUUAUCUGGGCCCAUCGGGCGGACUGCGUGGCUAUCAGGGCCUGACGGGUCAUGUAUCCAGUGGCUUGGCCUGGUACAUCAAUGGCUAUAUGAUACCGGAACUGUAUUUAAAACGUGGCCUGACGUACACAUUUAAAGUUCGUGGCGGCAACAAUCCACAUUCGCCGGAUCACUAUCAUCCAUUGGUCAUAACGGAUGAUCCGCAAGGAGGCUUCGAUCGUCUGUCGGAUGCCAAGCAGAGCGAAAUUCGAGUUUUAGCCGGCGUGGAGUUCACCCGUCGCGGUCGCCCAAAGCCCACGGCUGCGGGUCCACUCUGCUUAUCCAGCUAUCCGGAGAACUACGAUCGUCGCUUGGAUGACAACUUUGUCACAUUUAAGAAGUUCAAUCGUUCACUCGUAAAUAUCUGCAGCGAUGAGCCGCCAGCACUGCUAGAGAUAACGCCAAAUAUAACGUGGCCCGACACUGUUUACUAUAAUUCAUUUACGCACGGCAAUAUGGGCUGGAAGAUCCAUAUAGUUGAUAGUUAUACGACUGUACUGCGCAAUGCUGGCCAAUCUUUGGCUAUAACGUGGCUGAUGGCUCCCUUGGUGCUCCUGAUCUUUCAGGCAUUUUAAAUUUUGACUGCUUGUUUUUUUUUUCUCAUUUUCAUUUCAUAGAAUCGUCGUUUUAAAUAUUGUAAUUGUAUUAUAAGUCAACGAGUCACAAUUUACAUAUGUAUGUAUGUAUGCAUGUAUUUAUGUAUUAUUUAUAAGUAUUGUAAUUGAAAUACGUUAAUAAAGGCAGAGCUUUCCCUUAA